UCAGAAAUUAAAUCUUGGUGGGAUUUACAAAGUAUAGGUAUCAAUGAAAAUCCCGAAGAAAACGAAGAUGAAACUGCUCAAGAAUUGUUUAAUAAAUCAAUUAGACAAGUUGACAAAAGAUAUAGAGUUAAAUGGUUAUGGAAAGAUGAAAUUCCCGAUUUGCCUACUAAUUAUGGUAUUGCUUAUAAAUGUUUGGAAUCUUUGUUAAAUCGUUUACAAAAUGAACAAGGAUUAGAAAAUUUAAAAAGAAUAGAUAAAACUAUACAAGACCAAUUAAAGCUUGGAAUAAUUGAAGAGGCUUUCAAAAGUAAAGGAGAAUUGGAACAUUAUUUACCGCAUAGACCUGUUUUUAAAGAUGAUAAAAUUAGAGAAGUUUAUAAUGCUUCUGCCAGAUCUAAAGGUCAUAAAAGUUUAAAUGACUGUUUAUUUCGAGGUCCAUUAAAAUUACCAGAUUUAGCUGGAAUGAUUAUGCGUUUUCGAUUGUCUAAAUUUCCGUUAUUGGCAGAUAUAGAAAAGGCUUUUUUGCAAAUUGAAUUGGAAGAAGCUGAUAGAGAAGUUACAAAAUUUUUAUGGUUAAAGGAUAUAAAUAAACCGUUAAAAUUCGAUAAUUUAAUAAUUUACCGUUUUACAAGAGUAGCUUUCGGAAUUAUUUGUUCACCUAGUCUU